UCCUCCUGAGAGGUUGCAGAGGGUGAAACGUUAAUCUUUCCCCAGGCGGGAGAGCGCACAGCGGGGCUCAGAAAGACACCGUGUUUGUCGUUCCCCGCUCUUCAUGCGACCCCGGAGCUGUCCACUGCCUUCUGCCUCCCGGCUCAUUGUUUGCUCCGCCAAUACAUUAGUGGAGACGCGCGUCACCUUGAUCGACGAGCGCCUGGAAUUUAAAUAGCCACUCAAACACCAAUCUGUCACAGACUAAGGGGAUAAGGACAAGUACCUCACUGGCUGACCCGGGCCCACGUGACAGCACUCGUUCAUUGAUAUCGGCCCGUGCGCCCCCCUCCCUCUUAUGAUAAGGACAGAGUAUAGGUAAAGGUUGGCACGGUCACUCAGGGUAAGAGAGGAAUAGAUCAGAGGGUGUCUGUUGCGCGGACGGUCCCUCGGCCCUGGCAGAACAAUGCUACAAUGAGCAGCUUCUUAGACUACUCGGUGAUGAGCGGCGAAAGUGGCUCAUGCUCUGUCAGGGCUUUCCACUCGGACCACGGGAUUACAACUUUCCAGUCCUGCGCGGUUACUGUCAACAACUGCGGGGCAGAUGACCGCUUCAUGGCAAGCAGGGCUUCCCCUGACGGCAUCCCUCACCAGGCGGGGUCAUACCAGGCUACUGCGAACUCUGUGGGUCUCGCCUAUGGGGCCCAUCCGGCCUGCAGCUCCAGCUAUGGACCCCAAAGUUUCUGUACUACUUAUAACCAUUACGCGCUCAACCAGGAAGUGGACUCCACAGCGAGCUUCCCCCAGUGCGGCCCACUGAUGUACUCGGGUAACAUUUCUUCCUCCAUGGUCUCUCAGCAUCGCCAAGGUUUCAGUGCCGCCCCCCUGGGUCAGCUGCAGUAUGCCCACGCUGCCUAUGGCGGCGGGCACGAGCAAGCAACCCCUUUUCCUGGGUGCUCAAACCCGCUGUCACCACUGCACGCCGCUCACUUGGAGGCUUGCUGUUCACCUCUGUCUGAAGGCGCAUCUUCUGCACAGACCUUCGAUUGGAUGAAAGUCAAGAGGAACCCACCAAAAACAGGCAGGUCUGGCGAGUACGGUUAUGGGGGUCAGCCGAACACGGUCCGGACCAACUUUACCACCAAGCAGCUGACGGAGCUGGAAAAGGAGUUCCACUUCAACAAGUACCUGACCCGUGCGCGGCGCGUUGAGAUCGCGGCCGCGCUGCUGCUGAACGAGACUCAGGUGAAAAUCUGGUUCCAGAACCGGAGGAUGAAGCAGAAGAAGAGGGAGAAAGAAGGGAUGCUGCCUGCCAAAGCUCCAUCCUCAGACCCGGGAGAGAGGAUUCAAAAGAAAAUGGACGAUGUAGAGUCAGAGAAGUCUGUCUCAGCCCCUUCUACUCCAUCUCCCACAUCCUCCACGGUGUCUUCCACGGGAACUGAUGCUUAUUCCUCCAACUAAGAACCAACUGCCUCUUUACCUCUUUGGGCCACAGGCGGCCUGUAUAUAUCAAAGCUCAUACCCACUGUAUCAAAGCCAAAGUCCUGGUUGAUGGACGACAUAUGUGGACGUUAAGGAUGAGUUAAUGCACUAUUUGGGACAUGGAUAAUAAUACUAUGGACCAUUUCUGAGUUAAAGAUUUUGUUUAUAAUGUGUACUGUGUUCGGAAGACUGAUGCCAUUGCUGUCCAAACCAAUGUAGGUCAUGGUUCAAAAUGUGUCCACUUUCUUUUGAAAUUUGGCAGAAAAUACGCGUUGCGUCACAAAUAUGAUGGUGCCAGAGAUAUCAUGUACCUUCCUUACACCUGCCCCUGACCCAGCUCCUGAUUAGUGCUGCUGAGUGUGCCAGCAUAAAGUCACAAAGCUGCACACACAAACAAAUACCUCAAAUGUGCCAAAGUUGUGCGUCAUGGCCACGGCCAAGCUGGUUGCACUGGGUGUCGUCAAUUAGGCAUCAAACAAUCAACGACGUGACCUCGUUUAUUAAUCGUUAUAGAGUGCAUUGUUGUUGUAACUCUUAAUCAGUGUCACCUCUGUGUUUAAGGCCUGUGUGUUUGUGUGUCACGACUGUCUGAAUGUCCAUUGUGUGAGAUUUGCAUGAUGCGUAAUGCUUUCAUGUAUUAUUAGCGGGGGGCUGAGUUUUAUCAGUUGGGGAACCGGUCACGUAUGGCCAUGGAGGUUCCAGGCAUUUAUCUUUUAUCUGUUUAAUCCAGUGGAGCACAUACAAAAUGUUUUGUCCAGAGA